CAUUUUCUGCUCCGUCUUCUUCUUCUUCAUUUCACAAGCAAAAAAAUCAAAGAUGGGGAGAGGAAAGAUCGAGAUCAAGAGGAUAGAGAACUCAACUAACAGGCAGGUGACUUACACAAAGAGAAGGAACGGUAUCAUGAAGAAAGCUAAAGAGAUUACCGUUCUUUGUGAUGCUAGAGUUUCUCUCAUCAUCUUUGGCAGCUCUGGGAAGAUGCAUGAAUAUUGCAGCCCUUCGACCUCGUUGAUUGAUAUUCUGGACCAAUACCAGAACACUUCCAGGAAAAAGUUGUGGGAUGAUAAACAUGAGAAUCUCAGCAAUGAAAUAGAUAGAAUCAAGAAAGAGAAUGAUAGCAUGCAGAUUGAGCUCAGGCAUUUGAAAGGGGAGGACAUCUCGUCUUUGCCUUACAAGGAGCUGAUGGCUUUAGAGGAUGCCCUCGAGACUGGCCUCACCUGCGUCCGUGCCAAGCAGAUGGAUGCUCUUGAUGUUGCAAAGAAAAAUAUGAAAUUCUUGGAGGAUGACAAUAAGCAAUUGAAUCUCAUUAUGAACCAGCAGCAAAUGUCUUACGAGGCGAGAGAGCAGAUGGAUGAGCAGGGAUACCAGCGAGCGGCUCGUGCAGCCGCGGUGGAUUACAACUCGCAGAUGCCUUUCUCUUUCCGAGUGCAGCCGAUGCAGCCUAACUUACAAGAGAGGAUGUAUGAAAGGUUGCGAGGGAGUUGAGGGCUGCUGCACUCAUCUAAUAGCUAGCUAAUGCUUGAUUUCUGAAGAAGAAUAAGUUCAUGAAUAUCUCAGACUAUAGAUAUCAACUGUGAACUUCAUCUUUAUGAACAAUCGUUGUAUCUACUUUGAGGCACCUAUAUGUGUGUUUAUGCCUUUUAAGUAUGUUUGUGUGUGUGGUGGAUAUUGGAUUUGAGAUGGACCUAAUACUCAUAUGGAUGUAUUCUUCUUUUCCA